GGCGGGAGCGAGGCGUCGUCGUUGUAUAUUCAUGAGGCGCGCGCAGCCCGGCAUGCUAAUGAGGCGGGGCGCGGCGGCUGGCUAAAGAGCGACUGGGCGGCGGCGGACGCGGAGCUGCCAGGCGGGAGCGGCGUAGGCGCGGGGUCGCCAGCCAGCGUGAACCGGGACAUGGAGCCGCCCGGCGGGAGCCUGGGGCCCGGCCGCGGGACCCGGGACAAGAAGAAGGGCCGGAGCCCAGAUGAGCUGCCUUCGGCGGGCGGCGACGGCGGCAAAUCUAAGAAAUUUACUCUGAAGCGGCUCAUGGCAGAUGAGCUGGAGAGAUUUACCAGCAUGAGAAUUAAGAAGGAGAAGGAAAAGCCCAAUUCUGCUCAUAGAAAUUCUUCUGCAUCAUAUGGGGAUGAUCCCACAGCACAGUCAUUGCAAGAUGUUUCAGAUGAACAAGUUCUGGUUCUCUUUGAACAGAUGCUGCUGGAUAUGAACCUGAAUGAGGAGAAACAGCAACCUUUGAGGGAAAAGGACAUCAUCAUCAAGAGGGAGAUGGUGUCCCAAUACUUGUACACCUCCAAGGCUGGCAUGAGCCAGAAGGAGAGCUCUAAGUCUGCCAUGAUGUAUAUUCAGGAGUUGAGGUCAGGCUUGCGGGAUAUGCCUCUGCUCAGCUGCCUGGAGUCCCUUCGUGUGUCUCUCAACAACAACCCUGUCAGUUGGGUGCAAACAUUUGGUGCUGAAGGCUUGGCCUCCUUAUUGGACAUUCUUAAACGACUUCAUGAUGAGAAAGAAGAGACUGCUGGGAGUUACGAUAGCCGGAACAAGCAUGAGAUCAUUCGCUGCUUAAAAGCUUUUAUGAACAACAAGUUUGGAAUCAAGACUAUGUUGGAGACAGAAGAAGGAAUCCUGCUGCUGGUCAGAGCCAUGGAUCCUGCUGUUCCCAACAUGAUGAUUGAUGCAGCUAAGCUGCUUUCUGCUCUUUGUAUUCUACCACAGCCAGAGGACAUGAAUGAAAGGGUUUUGGAGGCAAUGACAGAAAGAGCUGAGAUGGAUGAAGUGGAACGUUUCCAGCCACUGCUGGAUGGAUUAAAAAGUGGAACCACUAUUGCACUGAAGGUUGGAUGCCUACAGCUGAUCAAUGCUCUCAUCACACCAGCUGAGGAACUUGACUUCCGAGUUCACAUCAGAAGUGAACUGAUGCGUUUGGGGCUAUAUCAGGUGUUGCAGGACCUUCGAGAGAUUGAAAAUGAAGAUAUGAGAGUGCAACUAAAUGUGUUUGAUGAACAAGGGGAAGAGGAUUCCUAUGACCUGAAGGGACGGCUGGAUGACAUUCGCAUGGAGAUGGAUGACUUUAAUGAAGUCUUUCAGAUUCUCUUAAACACAGUGAAGGAUUCAAAGGCAGAGCCACACUUCCUUUCCAUCCUGCAGCACUUACUCUUGGUCCGAAAUGACUAUGAGGCCAGACCUCAGUACUAUAAGUUGAUUGAAGAAUGUAUUUCCCAGAUAGUUCUGCACAAGAAUGGGGCUGAUCCUGACUUCAAGUGCCGGCACCUCCAGAUUGAGAUUGAGGGAUUAAUUGAUCAAAUGAUUGAUAAGACAAAGGUGGAGAAAUCUGAAGCCAAAGCUGCAGAGCUGGAAAAGAAGUUGGACUCAGAGUUAACAGCCCGGCAUGAGCUACAGGUGGAAAUGAAAAAGAUGGAAAGUGACUUUGAGCAGAAGCUUCAAGAUCUUCAGGGAGAAAAAGAUGCACUGCAUUCUGAAAAGCAGCAAAUUGCCACAGAGAAACAGGACCUGGAAGCAGAGGUGUCCCAGCUCACAGGAGAGGUUGCCAAGCUGACAAAGGAACUGGAAGAUGCCAAGAAAGAAAUGGCUUCCCUCUCUGCGGCGGCUAUUACUGUAGCUCCUUCUGUUCCUAGUAGUGCUACUAUUCCCCUUGCCCCUCCUUUACCUGGUGACUCUGGCACUAUUAUUCCACCACCACCUGCUCCUGGGGAUAGUUUAACCACUUCUCCUCCUUCUCCUCCUCCUCCUCCUCCUCCUCCUCCACCACCUCCUUUGCCUGGGGGUGUUUGCAUCUCCUCACCCCCUUCUUUACCUGGAGGUACUCCUAUCUCUCCACCCCCUCCUUUGUCUGAAGAUGCUAGCAUCCCUCCACCCCCUCCUUUGCCUGGGGGUGUUGUCAUCCCUCCACCCCCUCCUUUGCCUGGGGGUGUUGUCAUCCCUCCACCCCCUCCUUUGCCUGGAGGUACUGCCAUCGCCCCACCUCCUACUUUGCCUGGGGGUGCUGGAAUCCCCCCCCCACCACCUCCUUUGCCUGGGGGUGCUGGAAUCCCCCCUCCACCUCCUCCCUUGCCUGGAGGAGCAGGAAUGCCACCUCCUCCUCCCCCUCUUCCCGGUGGUCCUGGAAUCCCUCCACCUCCUCCAUUUCCCGGAGGCCCUGGCAUUCCUCCACCUCCACCUGGAAUGGGUAUGCCUCCACCUCCCCCAUUUGGAUUUGGAGUUCCUGCAGCCCCAGUUCUGCCAUUUGGAUUAACCCCCAAAAAGCUUUAUAAGCCAGAGGUGCAGCUCCGGAGGCCAAACUGGUCCAAGCUUGUGGCUGAGGACCUCUCCCAGGACUGCUUCUGGACAAAGGUGAAGGAGGACCGCUUUGAGAACAAUGAACUUUUUGCCAAACUUACCCUUACCUUCUCUGCCCAGACCAAGACUUCCAAAGCCAAGAAGGAUCAAGAAGGUGGAGAAGAAAAGAAAUCUGUGCAAAAGAAAAAAGUAAAAGAGUUAAAGGUAUUGGAUUCAAAGACAGCCCAGAAUCUCUCAAUCUUUUUGGGUUCCUUCCGCAUGCCCUAUCAAGAGAUUAAGAAUGUCAUCCUGGAGGUGAAUGAGGCUGUUCUGACUGAGUCUAUGAUCCAGAACCUCAUUAAGCAAAUGCCAGAGCCAGAGCAGUUAAAAAUGCUUUCUGAACUGAAGGAUGAAUAUGAUGACCUGGCUGAGUCAGAGCAGUUUGGCGUGGUGAUGGGCACUGUGCCCCGACUGCGGCCUCGCCUCAAUGCCAUUCUCUUCAAGCUACAAUUCAGCGAGCAAGUAGAGAAUAUCAAGCCAGAGAUUGUGUCUGUCACUGCUGCAUGUGAGGAGUUACGUAAGAGUGAGAGCUUUUCCAAUCUCCUAGAGAUUACCUUGCUUGUUGGAAAUUACAUGAAUGCUGGCUCCAGAAAUGCUGGUGCUUUUGGCUUCAAUAUCAGCUUCCUCUGUAAGCUUCGAGACACCAAGUCCACAGAUCAGAAAAUGACGUUGUUACACUUCUUGGCUGAGUUGUGUGAGAAUGACUAUCCUGAUGUCCUCAAGUUUCCAGACGAGCUUGCCCAUGUGGAGAAAGCCAGUCGAGUUUCUGCUGAAAACUUGCAAAAGAACCUAGAUCAGAUGAAGAAACAAAUUUCUGAUGUGGAACGUGAUGUUCAGAAUUUCCCAGCUGCCACAGAUGAAAAAGACAAGUUUGUUGAAAAAAUGACCAGCUUUGUGAAGGAUGCACAGGAACAGUAUAACAAGCUGCGGAUGAUGCAUUCUAACAUGGAGACCCUCUAUAAAGAGCUGGGCGAGUACUUCCUCUUUGACCCCAAGAAGUUGUCUGUUGAAGAAUUUUUCAUGGAUCUUCACAAUUUUCGGAAUAUGUUUUUGCAAGCAGUCAAGGAGAACCAGAAGCGGCGGGAGACAGAAGAAAAGAUGAGGCGAGCAAAACUAGCCAAGGAGAAGGCAGAGAAGGAGCGGCUAGAGAAGCAGCAGAAGAGAGAGCAACUCAUAGACAUGAAUGCAGAGGGCGAUGAGACAGGUGUGAUGGACAGUCUUCUAGAAGCCCUGCAGUCAGGGGCAGCAUUCCGACGGAAGAGAGGGCCCCGUCAACCCAACAGGAAGGCCGGGUGUGCAGUCACAUCUCUGCUACCUUUGGAGCUGACCAAGGAUGAUGCCAUGGCCACUGUUCCUGCCAAGGUGCCCAAGAACAGUGAGACGUUCCCCACAAUCCUUGAGGAAGCCAAGGAGUUGGUUGGCCGUGCAAGCUAACGUGGGUCCUGUGACCGUGGCAGCUUCUCAGUGGAGCCGCAGACUGUCCUGCCCUGCAGCAUGUGCCUAAAGGCUCAAGGGGAUAUUCCUCUGGGGUGGCCACUCCCACCACCCUGACCCUGUCUUUCUCUCUGGCCUGCUGCUCUCUCAACAUCACAUACAGCUUCAGCUGCCUGGAGGCCAGAAGGAAAGGGCAGUGUGGGGGAGGCCUGAGCCCAACCUAGCCAGCCCUGGCUGUUGUAUUACCAAAGCAGGGUCCAUGUUUGCUGCCUUAACCCUGUCUCCUCUCUGUUACUCAGAGGGCCUCAUCUCAGACAAGGCCCAGCCUGCUUUUUCUCAGCCCUGACUUUCUAAUGGGCUUUCCCCCCUAGGUCAAUCUUGCUGGAUUUGUGCUUUUCUUUUGUGGUUUCUCUGGCCCUGAGAACAGCAUGGGGCUUGUAAACCUUUGGGCUACAUCCCUCCUUUCAUUGCUGUUGUCUCUGCUCUUCCCUCUCCUGACUGUGGUUAUUUAUUAUUAGUGGUGUGGCACUGGGAGCUGCUCCUAAGGAAGCAGGGAGCAAAUCCCACCUUUACCCCACCUUCCUGGGAAAGGCCUCCAAAGCAAAGGAUCUGGACCACUUUCCCUGCUGUGCCGUGGCCCAGGCCAGAGCCUGUGGGCAGGCAGGCAGGGCAUAGCGACAGUGCGGGACCUGCCCCCAGCUUCUGCCACACUUUAUGCCCUUGCCUCUCUGGACGCUCUGCACCAACCCCAGGCUACUGAGCCACCUUCCCUCCUCAUGCCUUCCCUGAGCUUUGGUGCAUCUCAUCUGGACUAUGGGUUGUAUUGUGACCAUCCCAACACCUCACCCUCUGUCUACAAGGAAAUGGGAGGUGGAGCCUCCUGGCUGAGAAAUUGUUUUGCAAAUGGAUCUAUUUUUGUAUGAAAAAAAAUUUUUUUAAAGAAAACUGUUCCUUCCCCCUUUCCCCUCCAUAAUGUAAGAAUCUUUGGUGGCAGGUUACAGAGUUCCUGGGAUUUCUCCUCACAGGCCCAAUCCUGAAUGUGCCCCUGGACCUUCUGGACCCUUGAGUCCAAGGCAGAUCCUCUCUCCCAGGGAAUCCGACACAGGAGGAACCCCUUCUCUGGUUGAGCUGGGCCAGGCCUAAGAGUAGCGGGAACUCUAAGACCACAGAGUUUUUUAUAAAUGUAUAAAUGUAUCAAGCCAAAUGUGCAGAUGCUAACUGGACAUUCUGGGGAACUGGGCACCAGGAGUGCCUUCAUAUGCUGUACCCCAGCUCUCUUCUAAAAGAGAAGUGGGUGGGCACACUGAACUGUUUGGUGGCCCCAACCACAGGAAGCUCCAAUUCUCUGGCUUAGGGUGACACUUUUGUCCUCCUUGUGCCCCUCUCAGCUUUCCAUCCCCAGCUAGGAAGAAAGAAUGGCACUCUUGGGCUUGGCCCAGAAUUAGAGUUGUUAGCGCAAGAGAGAGCUUAGGAAGCAUGAGGGCAACUAUAGUGAGGCCUUACUGCCAGGAGGGAGGGUUUUGGUUGCUGGUACUUGUGUAUAAAGGGGCAAGAGCAGCUCCUUUGGACUAUUCCUGGGAGGACGCUGAUGCAGGGCGUCUGUUGCUCCCCUGGGUCACCUCCUCCCUGCUCGCUGACAUCUGGGGCUUUGACCCUUUCUUUUUUAAUCUACUUUUGCUAAGAUGCAUUUAAUAAAAAAAAAAAAGAGAGAGAGAGAGAGGUGUGGGGGACAAAAUGCAAACCUAUUUCCCUUGCCUCAUAGGCUUCUGGGAUGUCAUCACCUCCAGUUUGUUGGUUUUGUUUCCAACUGUUAAUAAAGCAUUGAAACAGUA